AUGUUAAGAGACUUAAACCAACCACAAGGUGGUGAAGCAAAUGAAAUGUCAUAUGACGACAAAUAUAGACACUUCUCCAUGGCAAAGAUGAGACAAGUUUUAAAUAUUUACAAUAACCGUAAACAAAAAGGUUUGGGAAACCACUCCCCCGAAGAAAUGAAAAACAACCCUGACUUAGAGAAAGACUAUAUAUUUAAUAAUUUAGUCAAAAGAGACAAACAAGCAAGAAUGCCGGGCUUCAAACUUCAGAAAGGUGACAAAGUAAAAAUAGAAAUACCUAAACGCGACCCAUAUGAAAAUACUAUUGACUAUGACAACAAUGGGAACCCGACAGGUACUCACAUUCGUGUUCGUAAAAAUAGAAGAAAGUAUACAAGAGAAUAUUAUGAAGUUUUAGGCAAACAUGGCAAAAUGUACAGACUGCAAGCAGAAGAUAAAACUACUAUUGUCAGACCUCGUUUCAAACUUGUCAAAGUUCAAGGUGGUAUACUUUCAAAGACAGUUCCUAACAAAUAUAAGACAACUCCUGACGAAUAUGCUAAAGAAGUUGAAAAUGACGACUAA